ACUCAACACAAACACAAAAACCCUAAUUUUCAGAUCUCCGUAAACCAUGUCGGCGAUCAUGAAAACUCUUUGUUUCUCCUUCGUUAUUCUCGCUUCUUUUGCAACUUUCUUCUCCGUCGCUGAUGCAUGGAGGUUUAACGUCGGAGGUAACGGUGAUUGGGUUAUAAAUCCUCAAGAAAACUACAAAACUUGGGCUGAAAGAAACCGUUUCCAAGUCAAUGACACUCUAUAUUUUAAGUAUGCGAAGGGAUCAGAUUCUGUUCAACAAGUGAUGAAAGCUGAUUUUGAUGGCUGCAAUGUUAGGAAUCCGAUCAAGAACUUUGAUAAUGGUGAAUCUGUGGUGACUCUUGAUCGAUCUGGUCCUUUUUAUUUCAUUAGUGGUAAUGAAGAUCACUGUAAAAAGGGACAGAAGCUGAUCGUCGUUGUCCUCGCCGUCAGAAAUCACCCUACGGUUCCUAUUUCUCCGGCGAAACCUCCGUCAUCAGCUCAGCCUCCAAAAUCUCAUUCCCCUGUUCCUUCAGUUUCUCCGGCUCAACCUCCUUCAACGGCUCAACCACCUAAAGCUCAUUCCCCUGUUUCUCCGGCUAAAUCUCCUUCUAUGGCUCAACCUCCGAGAUCCUCUUCUCCGGCGACUCCUCCGUCAAAAUCUCAGCCACCUAAAUCCUCUGUUUCUCCAGCACAACCACCUAAAUCUUCUUCCCCUGUUUCUCAUUCACCAGCUCACUCGCCGGCGCAUGCUCCAUCUCACUCUCCGUCGCAUGCUCCAUCUCAAUCUCCGGCGACUCCAUCUCCGUCACCAAAAUCUCCUGUUUCUCACUCACCGUCGCAUGCUCCAUCUCACUUUCCGGCGACUCCAUCUCCGUCACCAAAAUCUCCAUCCCCUGUUUCGUCUCCAUCCCCUGUUUCAUCUCCAUCGCCUGUUCAGUCUCCUGCUUCUCCUUCUGACCAGACUACACCUUUGUCGCCAUCUCCUUCUGAAACAACUCCGACCGCCGAUAGCAUCACAGCGCCGGCCCCAAGUCCCAGGAAAAACUCAGCAAGUGGUUUAGCCGUUACUUCGGUUAUGACUACACUAUUAAGUGCGGCUUUUUCAUUUUUGAUGUUUGCUUAAGAUUAAACAAAUGCAUUUUCGUGUUUUGAUUUAGGUUUUCUUUAUUCUAUUGCUGAGUUUUAUUGUCCUAGUCUCUACUCUGUCGGGAUUUUUUUUCCUCUUCUUUGUGUCGUAGUUUCGCAUUAUUGGAUUAGUGUUUUUUGUAAUAAAUAUCAGUUUGUUGU